AUGGACGGACUACUUUCCACAUCAAGUCUUCAAAAUUCUUUAGAAUGUCCAGUUUGCUUUGAAUACCUAGCACCACCUGUAUACCAAUGCCCCAAUGGACACUCAAUUUGUUCACGCUGCCACCAGCACGUUCCGACUUGCCCUGAGUGCAGAUCUGAUAUGUCUCAAAGCUAUAGAAACCUAACAAUCGAAAAGAUCUUAGAAAGCAUACAAGUGAAAUGCCGAUUUCCUGGCUGUGACGUGAUUACAACCUUAUCAGCACGUUCUGCUCAUCUUUCAAGCUGCCCUUUCAAUCCUUAUGUUGAGUGUUUGUAUGUGGGUUGCAAUAUGAUAGUGGAAGAUUUGCCUUCCCAUUUAAAAUCUGUACAUAAUGUAAAAGAAUUCGAUAUGAGCGACAUAAGAGGGGUGAGAGGGUGGAACUCGAAAUCUUGAAGGAUGGCUGACUGGGGGUUCAGCAUAUGGAAUUUUAAUGGAGAACUUAUAUUAAAUCAGAGCCAAAGCAACAGAGACUUUUUUUAUUUAUGGGUGUUUGAUAUCGGAAAUACCAGAAAACGAGUGAAAUUAACUGUUGAAAAAGACGGAAAAAAAGUCAGUUUUAUACUUGUCACAGCUUCAGCCAGGGGAAGGAGAAAAUCAAUGCCUUUUCAUUUGAACAUCAAAGAAAUUGAGAACCACUUUUUGGAAGCUGCUGAAGGGUUGGAAGAAGGAUAUCAGAGGCUUACUAUUCAUGUUGAGUUGCUGGUUGAUUCGACGCUAAAACAAGCUUAA